UGGCGCGAGGGACCCGGGCAGCGGUGUGUACAUAUGUAAACUUCAGACUGGAAAAUAAUCAAUAAAUAGUUAUCUUUCGUCUUUUUGACUACAUUUUGGGGAAUUUGGCUUUUUGUGCCUACAAACCCACAGGAAGCACCGCUCAUCAAGGUGAAAAUGCCUCGCAGACGACAGAGACACAUGGCCGGGAGUGGUUCAGAUGGAACUGAAGACUCGGACUCCUCCGCUGAGAGAGAACAAACCAAUAGUUCAGAAAGUGAUGGCAACAUGCCCAAGAGACAGCGCCUCACCAGAGCCUCGACCCGCCUUAGCCAAAGCUCCCAGGAUACUCCCGACUUGAAGCGCGCUGCGGACCACGAUGAGUCUCCACCGUUGACACCCACAGGGAAUGCCCCUUCCUCUGAAUCUGAACUGGACAUCUCAAGCCCCAACGCUUCCCAUGAUGAGAGCCAGGCCAAAGAUCAAGCCAACAGAGACUCAGAUAAGGACCUAUCCCAUCGACCCAAGCGCCGGCGCUGUCAUGAGACUUACAACUUCAACAUGAAAUGCCCUACACCGGGAUGCAAUUCACUUGGUCACCUUACAGGGAAACAUGAACGUCAUUUUGCUGUAUCAGGUUGCCCUCUUUACCACAAUCUUUCUGCUGAUGAAUGCAAGGUGAAAGCCAUCAGCCGCGAAAAACAAGAGGAGGAGGUGAAGGGGCAGGAAGAAAGCAACUCACGCCAUGCAACUCGUCACCAGACACCAACAUCGAAACAGAGCAGAUACAAAGAGCAGGUGGCUGAGAUGAGGAAGGGGCGAAACUCAGGCCUUCAGAAGGAGCAGAAAGAAAAGCACAUGGAGCAUCGCCAGACACACGGCAACACCAGAGAGCCUCUGCUGGAGAAUAUCACCAGUGACUAUGACCUGGAGCUCUUCAGGAAAGCCCAGGCCCGUGCAUCUGAAGAUCUGGAGAAGCUGCGUAUCCAGGGUCAGAUCACAGAGGGCAGCAACAUGAUCAAGACCAUCCUGUUUGGCCGCUAUGAGCUGGACACCUGGUACCACUCACCCUAUCCUGAGGAGUAUGCACGCCUGGGUCGCCUCUACGUCUGUGAAUUCUGCCUCAAGUACAUGAAGAGCCAGACCAUUCUCAGGCGACACAUGGCCAAAUGCGUGUGGAAGCAUCCUCCAGGAGACGAGGUGUACAGAAAGGGGGCUAUAUCUGUGUUUGAAGUUGACGGCAAAAAAAAUAAGAUCUACUGCCAGAACCUGUGUUUACUCGCCAAGCUUUUUUUGGACCAUAAAACCCUGUACUAUGAUGUGGAGCCUUUUCUCUUCUACGUCAUGACUGAGGCCGACAACACCGGCUGCCAUUUAGUAGGAUACUUUUCCAAGGAGAAGAAUUCCUUCCUCAACUACAAUGUAUCCUGUAUCCUGACAAUGCCGCAGUACAUGAGGCAGGGCUUUGGCAAGAUGCUCAUUGACUUCAGCUACCUGCUGUCCAAAGUGGAGGAGAAGGUGGGCUCACCAGAGAGGCCUCUGUCCGACCUGGGCCUCAUUAGUUACCGGAGCUACUGGAAGGAGGUGCUACUCCGAUACAUGUACAAUUUCCAAGGCAAGGAGAUCUCUAUCAAAGAGAUCAGUCAGGAAACUGCUGUCAAUCCAGUGGACAUUGUGAGCACCCUGCAGUCUCUGCAGAUGCUGAAGUAUUGGAAGGGAAAGCACUUGGUGUUGAAGCGGCAGGACCUGAUUGAUGAGUGGAAAGCGAAGGAGAUCAAGCGAGGCAACAGCAACAAAACCAUCGACCCUAGCUCACUAAAAUGGACCCCUCCCAAGGGGACAUAAACACGAACAUCCUCAGGCUACUGAAUGAACUCACCUCCAGCCUCACCAGCCACAAGUAGCCUAGACCAACAAACUGUCAAUAAAGACCAGUGCUCUUUAUUUCUUUCAUGUUUUUACCCUGCUUAUUUCUGAUCCCCUUUUUUUACUUUUAUAUUUUACUUUCAUUUAUUUUUUAAACGCCAUUCGUACCAACUCCAGUGAUUCUUGAACAUCAAAAAAUCAACAGCAGAGGAUCUGUUUGUCCCGUUUGUUUUAAAACCAGCUGCAUCUACUAAGCUUUGAAUGUUAAAUGAUAAAUGGUCCAGUGUGGUGGAUAACAUGAAUGUUUCGCUUUGCUCAGGCAAAAAAAAACAAAACAACAAAAACAAAAAAAAACAUAGCUACAUUUGGCAGCAUUUAAAGGUAGUUAUAUUUAUUUCAUUUGACAAAUGUGCAUUUUGAAGAUGGUAGCUGUUUUUGUUUGGGAUAAUACAAUAAUUGUUAGCAUGAAUUGAAAGAGUGUAUUUUGAGGAGUACGAUGUACGGUAGUGUCUUCUUUGGUUGGUGUAAAAUUGUAUAGAUCAUAAUAAUAUGUCCUUGUUUUCUCUAGCUCCAUCAGAACAGGAUUUGGACCCAUUCCUCUGAUGAACCUGCCAAAUAAUGGAAUUAGAAAAUCAGAUAUUUUUAAUUUGCUCAGUACAUAAAAAAAAAAUGGCCACAAUACCACUGUAAGAAUGCACAUAGAAAUAAAACAACCUCAGGUUUUUAUACUGAUACAAUCAUACCUUGCUUGUGUGGUUUCUCCAGGACAUCGAUCGCAGUGCUCGUUGCAGAGGGAAUUCUUCUGGUUAAAGAUUCUGUAAGGCACAAAAAGCAUUUUAACUCCACAUUUUAACUGGACUGUCUUUGCUUUGUACUUUUUAAUCAUAGCUGUUAAAUGUGUAUUAGCAAUUUGAUAUUUUUAAUAUCAAUAAAGCUGCCUUGAUAU